AUGUUUGUUUUCGACUCCAAAUUGGGGCCAAAGCCAAACACAAAACACCAUGUUACGAAGCGCAGUCACCCGGAAGAACUGCAUGAUCUUAGAAAGCGGCUACGUAUGCUGGAAAAUGCCCUGAGCAAAUCUCAUACCAUCCCAACCCCGGAAACCUCUACUGGCGAGGUCUUCUCCGAGGUGGAUACAUCGAUCACGGAUUCUGCGGGGGUGGAAGAUCGUGUUCGGUUUCUCCCUGAUUGCAGCUUUCGAGGUAAGAAAGGUAAGACUAGGUACUUUGGUCGGAGUCAUUAUAGUACCACUGUGUCAUUUUUUCAAGAUAUUGGGACUUUUUUUCGCCGAGGGCAUAAACCAGUCCGAGAUAAGGAAUACACCGACAUGAAACGAUUUAAGUGUGAGCUCUGGAGUCGCGAUAGCCAAGAUCACCAACGUGCAUUCCGAGAGCAGGCAUUCAAACUUGACGAGAUGAUCCCGUCACGCAAAGUAGCGGACCGGUUGAUCCACUAUUAUUUAGACACAUUUGAAACGACCUACCGAAUUUUGCACGUCCCGACCUUUCUACAGCAGUAUGUCGACUACUGGGACAAUCCUCAGCAAACGGAUUUGGCAUUCAUAGCACAGCUAUUGGCCGUCCUAGCAGCUGGGAGUUGCUUCUAUAUCCCUUCGUUUGAACACGAUGAAGAGCGCGAUGCCUACCAGAAGCCCGCGAUGAAAUGGAUCAUGGCGGUUCAAUCAUAUAUUUCGUGCACAUUUGUCAGCCCAGACAUCGAUUUGAGGAUGAUUCAGACGCAAACCCUUCUCCUGAUCGCUCGCCUUGGGGUCGCAAGUGAUGGUGACGUGGCUUGGGCCUCUUGUGGAUCAUUGAUACGAUCUGCCAUGACCAUGGGCUUACAUCGGGACCCCUUGCGAUUUAAAAAGAAGUCUCGGCCAUUUUGGUGUGAAUUGCGCCGUCGGAUAUGGACGACUAUCGUUGAACUAGAUCUCAAAAUCUCUCUCGACCGUGGAGUCCCGCCAUCGGUGGACCUGGACGAAUGUGAUUGCGAUGCACCGUCCAACUGGGAUGACAAUGCCUUGUCCGAGGACUUGGACAGUAACCCUACUUAUCUCAGCACUGCUACAUAUACCUCAAACUUUUAUCAAACUCUUCUCACGAAAACCCUCCCAUUACGAUAUCUCAUCGCGAAAAAGAUUAACACUCUCCGAUUUACCUUAUCGUAUGAUGAGGCCUUGCGAAUGGGUGAAGAAUUACUUCGAUCUGUUCAGUAUUCGAAAUCCCUGUUUGAAGAUAAUGCGUCUGCAGUCAAUCCGGUCGAUUUCCCGAAACAUUUCUUCGCACAAUCCUUGCAUCUUUUUACCAUGCGCAAAUUUUUGCUUGCACUCCAUCGGCCGUUCUCGCUCAGUGUGGUCCGGUUGCCCAAAUGCUCCUACUCGCGCAAGAUCUGCCUUGAAGCUUCUCUGGAUAUUCUGUCCCAAAUGCAACUCCCCUCUGCCCCUGAUUCUGUUCUGUAUCCUCACAUCACCCAGCUAGGUAAUGGGAUGUUUCGCGAUGAAACUUUUCAUGCCGCAAUCACGGUUUGUGUGGAGCUCUCUCUGCAAGCUCAAGAGGUGGGACAGUCUUCAGGGCUGAUGAUGGACGGUGCAAACUCCAGUGUUCUAAUGAGUAUGAUCAAAUCUCAACAAACUGUGAUGCUUCAAGCAGUUGAACGUACUUUAGAAGAUUUUGCGCGCCGGAUUGGACCCGGCGGGAAAGGAUGCAAACCCUAUUUCUUCCUGAGCAUGAUUCUUGCCUCUGUGAAAUCGCGCAUCAAGGGUGAAGAUCCCAUGAACAAUAUCGAAACUCUGUCCCGAAAAUCUGUUCGAGUGUGUCGUGGGAUAUUGAAUGGGAUGCCAUACCCGGAUGCAUUGGCGAGUGCUGAAAACCCACCCACCACGACGGACAAUACCCCGGUUCCCAUGGGAGAGCCUACGCCAUUAUCGGGAUUCUCUGUCGACUUUGACCCCACGUCUCUCUUCUCCAAGGAUUUUGGGGACUUUGCGUCUAUGGAUCUAGGAGGUUGGCUUGAGGGAUUAGAUGGCGGAAGCAGUGACUUGUGGAAUAACGACUUUUUUGGCAGUUUGCCACCGAUUUAG